AUGUAUCCCAGCAGCACACCCAGUGCCACAAGUACGAUGCCAUCAAUUUCUCCGAGUGAUCAUCCAUCUGGUUUACCCAGUGCUAUUCCCAGCAUUCUUCCAAGUAUGCCACCUAGCGAUGGACCAAGUAUGAUGCCAAGUGAACUGCCUAGUACAAGUCCAAGCAGUUUUCCAUCAGCCUUGCCAAGUGUUCAUCCCAGUGAUAUUCCGAGUAUGAGCCCUUCCAUGACUCCAAGUGACUUGCCGAGUUGGCAACCAAGCAUGUCUCCCAGCACACCUUUCCAAGCCUUUCAAACCUUGUCUGAUCUCAAGGCAGAAAUCGCAUCAUUGAAUUACGCUUCGGCAACAUAUGGCCCCAUCCAAACUUGGAAUGUGACUCUUAUUGAUAGCUUUUAUGAGUUGUUUAAAGGCAACACAGGUUUUAAUGAAGACAUCAGCGGUUGGGACGUUUCCAGUGUAACUUCCAUGUUCUGGACUUUUCAAGGAGCCACCUCUUUUAACCAAAACUUGAACAAUUGGGUCACUUCAAAAGUAUCAAACAUGGAAGCCACCUUUGGUUUGGCAACUGCAUUUGAUCAACCACUGGGAAAUUGGGAUGUUUCAAAGGUCACUACGUUUGCGCUGAUGUUUGAGGGGACACUUUUUGAUCAGGAUAUUUCAACCUGGGCCACAUCAUCAGCAACCAACAUGGAUAGGAUGUUUCGCGUGACAACCCAGUUUAAUCACGAUAUUUCCGGUUGGGAUACGCAGAAGGUGACUCUCUUCUACCGAAUGUUCUACAAGUCUCAGGCCUUCAACAUAGAUAUCAGCCAAUGGGAUAUCUCCAGUGGUACUAACUUUCGAGGGAUGUUCUAUCAAAGCGUUUUCAACCAAGAUCUUUGUGCUUGGCGUUACAAAAUGAAUCUAUCGAUUGACCCUAAACCAGUUGUGGUUGACAUGUUCGCUUUGUCAAGUUGUUCAAACAGGAAUGACCCAAUGCCGCGUAUCGAUGGCCCCUAUUGCAGAGCAUGUCCACCUCCAUCCGCCAGUCCCUCGUCGACCCCAUCCCUAUCACCAUCCCUGUCCUUCCAACCGUCCACUGCACCAUCAGGCUUGCCAUCAGUAAUGCCAUCUAGCAACCCAAGCCUUUACCCAAGCAGCACACCCAGCGUGGCACCUUCGAAUCUUCCCAGUGCAGUGCCGUCAACAGCUCCCAGUGAUCUACCAUCUAGCAACCCAAGCCAGUAUCCAAGCACCGCACCCAGUGUGGCACCUUCAAAUCUGCCCAGUGCAGUGCCGUCAAUACCCCCAGUGAAUACCUUAGCAACCCAAGCCUUACCCAAGCACCACACCCAGCGUGGCACCUUCGAAUCUGCCCAGUGCAGUGCCGUCAACAGCCCCAGAUCUACCAUCUAG